UUUAAUUCAUACAAGAACAGAACAAAAUCCCCCAAAACCCAUAUUUUUGCAGUCAUUAGGAUUGUGCAAAUGUGGAAGAAGACAUUUUAUGGAGACAAUUGCAAGCACUGUUCUUCAUACUUCACUCCCCUCUCUUGCUUUAGAGUUAGAGCCCAACUCAUCUUCCAUGCACAGGACAUGCUAAACAGAAUCCACCCUCCGAGGUCAGAUUGGUACGAGGAAUUCUAUGCAUCAGUUAUGAACUAUGGCAUGAAAGAAUAUGAAGCUGAGGUUGCAGGUUACAAGUCUCAGCUCUUUGAUAAGUUGAAGGGACAAACCAAAGAAAUUUUGGAGAUAGGUGUUGGGACAGGACCUAAUUUCAAAUACUAUGCCCGUGAUGCACGUAUGGUUUUUGGGAUUGAUCCGAACAGAAAGAUGGAGAAGUAUACCAGGAGAGCAGCUGAUGCUGCAGGUCUUUCUCCUGAUAGAUUUAAAUUCGUGCAAGCGGUAGGGGAGGCUUUACCACUGGAUGAUGCUUCUGUUGACACUGUCAUUGGAACACUUGUAUUGUGUUCUGUCAAAGAUGUUCCUAGGACUCUUCAAGAGAUAAAGAGGGUGCUUAAACCAGGAGGGCUAUACUUGUUUGUGGAGCAUGUGGCUGCAAAGGAUGGAACGUCAUUGAGGCUUCUGCAGAAAAUUUUCAACCCGCUGCAGCAGCUGCUAGCUGAUGGAUGUCAUCUGACAAGAGAAACGGAGAAGCACAUUUCCGAAGCAGGCUUUUCUAGUGUCAAUAGCAGCACGAGUUUCAUCUCUAGUGCGUUGUUUAUAAACCCUCAUCUCUAUGGAAUUGCUCACAAAUGACUCGGUGAAGAGCCUCUCAAGUCAUAUUGUCGAAUUUUAAGGUGGCCAAAGUGGCUUGGCUGGAUUUCUUAAUCAAUCAUAUUUGGUGCAGAGUUUUCAGUUUUAGUAAUUAAGUCCAAUACCUAGUCCUUUUAUAUGAUGAUGAAUGUGCUAAUUUGUGGCUUGGUUUCAUUUUGUUGGUCAAAAAGUAUAUGAUGUUUAGUACAAGUACAUCUUUUGUCAUACAAGACAAUGACAGAGAAUGUUGCUAAAAUAAUUAUUCCUAGUUGGUAUCAAUAUGUGCAAUUGAAUGAAGUACCAUUUCUUGAAAUUAAUAAUGGCGUCAAUGAAUGGGAAAUGUUUCG